AUGCGUUUCUCAUCGGCUUUCUUUUCGGCCGUCGUGCUAUCCAGCACCUCGUUGGCAACCUCAAUCCAGUCAACUCCAGCAGCCGUGGCCACCCAGCCAGACGCUCAAAGCGCCGCAAAUGCACCCAGUUCUGUGUCAACCCCGGCAUCAGGUACGACGGAUGUGACAGAGACUGUACAGAGCCCCGGUUUAGGUGUCAGUACCAAUCAGCAUAAUGCAGUUCCCGUCGGUCAGCAGUCGGCGGGCAAUGCGGCCCAGCAGCAGCAGGCAGCUGCUAGUGCGAUAGCUCAGCAGCCGUCCACUGCAGCAGCAGCCGCUCCCACCCAAAGUGCUUACGGAGACCUCUUAUCUGGGUUGGUUGGUGGUCUUCUUGGAGGGGGCCACAGUUCCGAGUCCAAUGCAGAGGACAGCACAGGUUCAAGCCCAUCUGUGGCACAGAACUCGGGAUCCUCUACAGCCACAUCUCCCCGGAGCUCUGAGACAAAGCAGCCUGACCUUCUGAGUGGGCUUUUCGGCCUAUUGAACCCGUCGCUACUCACGGACAUUGAGUCUUUCUUCCACCACUUCGCGUACCUGUUUGACGACAAGACAACGAACCAGACAAAGUCGUUGCUCGAUACUGCCUAUAAUCUACUGACUCCACAAUUGACCAACGAGCUGCUGACUCUUCUGAACAAUGCGAACCAUCUGCUGACACCGAACUUCGUCAACGAGACGCAGCAGUUGAUUGCUUCCGUUGGCCCUCUUGUGACGCCUCAGCUCUUCAACAAGGUGUCCGUAUUGCUGGAUAAUGGCAAUGAGCUUCUCACUGCAGAAUUCGUCAGGGAGGUCAACGGCCUCAUUGGAAAUGCCAACCAGUUACUGACGGCCGACUUUGUCAAAGAAACCCGUGAGCUGAUUGAGACUGUUGCUUGUGUGAUGACUCCCGAACUUCUGAACGAGGUCGGUAUCUUGGUCACCAACGCCAAUGGUCUUUUGACAGUCGACUUUGUCAAAGAGACCAAAUCAUUGAUCAAGGCUGUGGCUCCGAUUUUGUCUCCCGAUUUGAUAGUUGAAGUGGGUACUUUGCUCAGCAACGCCAAUGGACUCUUGACACCCAGGUUUGUGAACGAAACGCAAUCCUUGAUUGAAACAGUUGGACCGGCCCUUACACCAGAGCUCUUCCGGGAGGUCAACUCAGUUUUGGGCAACGCUAACACACUGUUGACGACACAAUUUGUCCAUGAGGCCCAGAGUCUGAUCCAUUCAGUUGCCCCUGUGUUGACGCCGGCUAUUCUCGCAGAGGUUGCGGCCCUACUAAGCAACGCCAAUGAACUCCUCACCCCGACAUUCGUGAAUGAGACUCAGGGCUUGAUUGGAGCCGUGGCGCCUGUCUUUACUGCUGCUCGCCUGAGGGAGGUUGGCCAACUUCUUACCAGCGCCAGCGGGUUGCUGACCCCGGAUUUUGUCGACGAAACGCACGGAUUGGUCGGCCAUGCGAAUGAAUUGUUGACGCCCGAUUUCGUCAAGGAAACCCGCACCCUCAUCGGAGACAUUUCGCCUGUGUUCACACCCCAGCUGCUCUCUGAAGUAGGAGGUCUGCUCGACAAUGCCAACACUCUCUUGACGCCCAAGUUCGUGAAUGAGACUCAAGGUCUGAUCGAUGGAAUCUCCCCCAUCUUGUCUCCUGAGAUGCUCGGCCUAGUAGGGGGACUUCUUGGCAAUGCCAAUAAGCUGUUGACGAGUAAGUUUGUGGAAGAGACUCAGACCUUGAUCGACAAUGUGUCACCUGCCAUCACGCCUGCUCUCCUCGAAAAAGUGAACUUCCUCCUUGGCAAUGCUACAUACUUGUUGACGCCCAAGUUCGUCAAUGAGACACGUGAUCUGAUCGACGACGUAUCCCCGAUUCUCUCUCCGGAGUUGCUAAGCGGAGUCGGAGGGCUGCUCGGUCAGGCAACUAGCCUGUUGACACCGAAAUUCGUCAAUGAAACACAAGUUCUCAUUGAAGAUGCUUCAGAGUUGCUUCCUGCUCUGAUCAAGGUGCUAGGCACCUUGUGA